AUGGCGGAGAAGGAGUCGUUCCUGCCGGUGCGGCACUCGCCCGCGGCGGCCACGUCGGGGCGCAUCUGCUCCGCCGUGACGCUCUUCCCCUUCUACGCGGCGCAGCGGCUGCUGUCGUGUCUGGGCUACUCGCACUCCGUCCGCAUGCAGAGCGGCCGAACGGUGGUGGUGAGCUCGGAGAUCGCACAGGGAGGCUUCUCCUUCGUGUACAGGGCCAGAGACACUGACACGGGCGAGCCCUUCGCGCUCAAGAAGAUCCUGUGCCAGACGGACGAGCAGGUGCAGCUGGCCAAGGCCGAGAUCCAAGCGCACAAGUCCUUCGCGCACCCGAACAUCAUGCCGCUCAGUGACUACGCAGUGGUGUCCUCUGGGCCAGAGACCUUCGAGUAUUAUCUACUUUUCCCGUUCAUGGAGAAUGGAACGCUGCGAGAGGUGAUCAACACUGCGAUCAGUCAAGACGUGCGGAUCCCGGAAGCCCAGAUCCUCGACAUGUUCCUCCAGAUUUGUCGGGCGGUAGCGGAGCUUCACUCGAAAUCGCCUCCCCUCGCGCACCGUGAUAUAAAGCCUGAGAAUGUCAUGCUGUCGGACGAGGGUGAGCCGCUGCUGACAGACUUCGGGUCUGUCACCACGGCAGACGUAACUAUUGCAAAGCGCUCCGAUGCUCUGAUGCUACAAGAGCGAGCUGCACAGCAGAGCUCGAUGGCGUAUCGCGCGCCCGAGCUUUACGACGUGCCGGACAACGCACACAUUUCGAGCGCCACGGACGUGUGGUCGCUGGGCUGCUUGCUGUACGCCAUGGCGUUCGGGUACUCGCCGUUCGAGUGCUCCUUCUACGACUCGGGCGUCGUGCGGGUCGUCGAGUGCACGUACUUGGCAGUCAUCGGGCCGGUCAAGUUCCCGAAGAACUGCUCGUACUCGCCAAAGUUUUGCGAGAUGAUUCGGUACGUGCAAGUGUGCGCGGUGGGUGUGGGC